AUGGUGUUUGGUCUGUGCAGCCAGAGAGAGAGGCUCUAUAGUCUCCUCUAUGCAAUACAAAUCUUCAUUCUUACAGGCGUGGCAUACUACUAUUUUCAGGGGUCUGUGGGGAAAACAGCCCCUGCCCAUGAGAUUGCUGUGGAGUCAUCACAGCCCAUCGGGGAGACCUUAAGGCCAGUGUGGGGGCCGAUGGAUAAGUGCUACCCCGUGACCACUCAGAGACGCAGAGUCAGGAGUGGGAAGAAGCAUGACUCUGAGGCCAUGACCCCCAAGGCAGCGGGAGGACCGAACGAUGCUGCCUCCAAUGAGGAGACUGCUGUCUUGUCUAGGGAGGAGGUGGGGCCCCCGGGGGAGGAAGCAGCCAGCCUCAUUCCUGGUGCAAAGGGGGUGACUGAGAAGGAAGAGGUGGCAGGGACCCCAGGAUGGCAGGAGAACAAGAAGGCCCAAAAGGAGUUGGCCAUGUAUGUUUCUGAGGCUUCCGAGGUGGACAUCAUGGAGGAAAGGCCCGGGGGCUGGGUCCCCCAGCUCUUGAGGAAGCUCUGGCUGGGCUGGUUCCCCGCCUCUGACAUCCCGAAGACUCAGAGCCACGAGUGA